GCGGUGUCUUUUAACGAAUAUGGUGGUGAGCACCUUGGCUGCCUGCUUCACGGAGGUGCUUGCCUGUUUCACCAAAAUGCUUGCUUGCUUAUUAUCAUAACCAGUCUUAUCCAAUUGGAAGUCGGUCACCGCCUUGCAAACUCCUGGGACGUAAGCUUCUCGCCACCGAGAUGCUUCAUUGACGUCUUCUGCCACUCCAGCUUUCCUUGAUGAGACGUGUUUGUAUCUCCUAUUCAUCUAUCUCUUCACGUAAUUGCUUCCCUCCUACCUGGCUUUACACGCCGCUAUUGGUUUUACCAAAUAUAAAUUUUAAUUUCGACCAAUAAGUUGAUUAAUUUGAAGCCCUAGGUUUUAUUUCACCAUCGAUUUAUGAAUCCCUAAAUCGAUUUGUGAAGUGUUUAAUCAAAGUUAUCCAUCUGCAUGUAUAUUGAAUCCCUAGAAUCUAGAUCGAGCUGUGCAAUCUCCAACUACAAGUCACCAACUAUUUUAAGCCAAUAAGAAACCAAUCUCUUUCCCAUGUUUAUUCUUUCCAAUCCUUCGUCUCCUGUUUGUCGUAUUGCUCUUCUUUGCUUCGUCAAUCAUACAACUCGCCACCUGCUGCUUUGUUUGAAGUGCCCAUAUCUCCAGCUCUCCGCCUCCUGCUUAUAUGACUGAUGAUUCGUUGCUUAUUAACUGACAUCCUCUUUUAUGAAAAAUCCCUAAUUUAAUUGCCUGCUUAGUCACAAUCCUUCUUCUCUUUUACAGCUACCUCUUGCUUAGUUUUGUGGGUUCAACUUGCCGCCUCCUGCUUCUUUUAUCUCUAUCCUAAUUUUGGUAACAACUGCCUCCCACUGCCGGUAUACCAUAGCUCCCCUCUCGUUCACAUGGUUAAAGACGUUUACAAGAUAGGAUGAUAAAGAGUAAUUCCUUUUUCCGCCUCCGCUUCCCAUGUUUAGGUUCUUUCUCUCCCUUCUUUGUUGCGGUUUAUUUAGAAGCGUGUGUGAGUUAUUUCGAUUUUUUAAAUCUUUCUUAGCCCUAAACCCACCAUUGCUACCCCUAUUUCGUAUCACUUUCACCCUAAAAUCGACGAACAUCUAUCAGUGCUUGCCACUGCUCCCUCUCUGUCUCUCAUCAUUUGCAUUUGGGUGCCAGAUUUUCAACGACUUCUAACUUGAUGGUGUUAGAAUCCAGUUUGCCAUUUAUUGUUUCUGGAAGGUUGGAUGAUGAACAGCCUGCAAAACAUAAAAAUAGGGAAUGAUUUGGAAACACUUUGCUUGAGACAACAAGUCUGGGAGCUAUUAACCCAUUCAAAAAAAAGGAAAUGACACACAACAUGAAAACAGAGCUCGGAGGUAUACAUUAGUUUGAAGCCUCUUAAGUGGGAGCUGAGAUAAAAUGAUGUGAUGAGUCCACCUUGUGGCCGCUUCAGACCAGAUAAUCCAAACCUGCAUAUUCUUGCAGAUGGCAUCUUUAUAGAGGUUGUGCUUGCCAUUAAUGGUGUUGUUCCCAAUUUCUAGGUGUAGUGAGUCAGACUCUGAAGUAGACAUUGAUUCUGAUUUUGUUGCUGAAACUAUUUUGGAAGGAAGAGAUAUUUGGGGCUAUUGGUGAUGAUUUUCAGUACUUUAAAGGUUGAAAUUUUAGUCCAGCUUCAGCUGUGGAGACGGUCUGUGUGUUCCCCAACCCCAAGAACCUUUCAAAAUUAGCAGGGGACGAGACUAUGGCUAUUAAUUGGGAUGAAAAACAAGGGGGAACAAAGUGUGAAAGUUCUUUCCAUUCAUGCCAGCAUUCAUCUUCCUUAUCUUCAUAUGUCGAUGCAUAAUCUCUCAGCUGUGGUAAUCACUAUUCAUGAGAUGUCUUUUUUAGAUAGAGGAUCAAUCUUAAUAGUCAUUAAUAAAGCUGCUAAAUUCUUUUUACUUUACUUAUUAAUAAUUUGAUGGCAUAUAUUUAUCUUUCUAUUUUUUGUUAAGUCUUUCAACAAUGCAUACACUUCUGCUUCAGUUCAACUUCAACCUAUUAUCCCUUACGCAUUUACAGUCAACAAAUACUUACGGGCUAGGACUUUGGCAGUUAUCCAGAAAAAGACGAAACUGCCCUUCACUUCUUUUACUCUUUUCUUUUGGUAGUUUGACAACAAAAUAGUCCCACCAUAAUAUACCCCCUUUUUAGUACCUUAUUGACCAUACACUUCACAAUAAGUACAAUCAUUUUUUUUUUCAUGUAAUCAAAGUUAAUCGUAACCACUCUAAUUUAAUCGAAAUUACAAAUUAGUUUUUAACUAUAUGCCAUCUUGAAAUAUAUAUUUUUACUGCAAAUCUUCAAAAAUUAUCCAAUUCUCGAUAUGUACUUUUUAUUGUGCCUUAUUUUAACUUUUUUACAAGAUCUUAGACUUUUUACAUUGUACUAUUUAAGUUACCAUUUUCGCUUAACCGUGAUCGAACUUUGCUUCGGAAUCGAUUCUCUAGGGCCGUGAUUAUCACGGUCCUCAUCAAUUUCCUAAUAUAUAUAUAUGCAUUCGUUCUGUUCCUUAGGUUUUGAAUUUGUUUUCAUACCUUGCAAACAUGAAAAGAUUUUUACCCUUAACCAUUUCCAUUUUCUAUUUUAUUUCAUAUUUGUUUAAUAUUAACCUAAUAAUAUAAAAAGAUUUUAUUUCCUUAGGUUUUGAUUUUGUUUUCAUACCUUGCAAACAUGAAAAGAUUCUUACCCUUGAACAUUUCCAUUUUCUAUUUUAUUUCAUAUUUGUUUAAUAUUAACCUAAUAAAGAAUAUUAUUAAAAAUAAAAAAUAUAGGUCCCUUCAUAAUCUCUUUCAUUAAUCUGCUGAACACUCUCCUAUGCCUCACAAUACUCUCUAUCUUGUCUUCUCUCUUCUCAUCGGAGACCACUUCUGCAAUUGGACCGAUGAUGAAGCCCACAACAACAACACAAGUAGUAGUCGAUCUAGCUCAGCACCAAAAAAUCAAGCAUCAAGAAAUGAAGUAAACUCUAAGGUCCCGUUUGAUAGUUGCUGAUAGAGAAAGUGCUAACUGGGAAAACUCUGUCUUGAAUCCAAAAUCAGAUACCUGAACUUGAAAUCAGAAUCAGAGAGCUUGAAGGACGACUGAGAAUUGAAGAUGGAAAGGGAAAGAACCCUAACCGAGGACAAGGGUAUGUGGAUUACCGGACCAGAGAAAUAUUGAUUCCUUGAAUAUAAUACACGAUGCAAGAGAGACUAGGUGAUUGUCUGUUUGGCUCCCCUUUAGCAUGCACAUUCGCCCAAUAAAAGUUGUGUAUUGUUGGUUGUGAUGGGGUUACCGAUGGAGGUGUAGUGUUUGUGUUGUCGGUUGUAAAUGGAGUGAAUGUUAGGAUUAAGCUAAUUGGGUUAAAUGGUGAGUCUAAUAGGGGACGUGAGAUUUUUUGUUUUUCUUGCAUGUUUAAUACAUACGGUGUCAAUGUUGCUACAUAGCCUCUUAGAUGCAUGAUAGUAGAUUGGUAGUGUCCUCUUCUAAUGCACAAAUAUGAAGGGACACCGGAAAAAGGUAGACAAAUGUUAGGUUAAAAAACGAUACCGAUGGAUGGACACUAGUAUUGCUCUCAUUUCCCUAAGUUGGAUGUCAAUUAGGAGUACUUUUAAAUUGCUUAGGGUGAAAUUUUUUUAGCCUUACUAAUUUAUAUCGAGGUUCUUAUAUACAGACAAGAGAGUCUAAGUACUUGCUUUUUUAACCGUUUUAUGAAGUUCUCCAUAGGUUGAAAGGGUAGUAUCCUUCAAUAUAAUAAUAUUAUAUUUUUUUGUAUUUCGUAAGAUUUUGUGUAAGGAUAUGUACGGAUGAUUUUUUUGCUAUAAUAUAUUGCUUUCUUCGUUUUUCACAGUCGGUUUGCAUUCAAUAAGGAGAACCGCUUAGUAAGGUAUGAGCGUAUCGUGUUAAGCCGACAUGCUUUAAUAUUGUCGUAUCGUUUUUAGGCGUGUUCGGCAAAACUAGCGUGUAGCGGUUAGUAGGUGCCUAGUAGCGGAUAGCAGGUAGCAUUUGAUUUUGGAGUGUUUUGUUGAAAACUACUCCAUGUAGCUUUUCCGGUCACCAAACAAUGUUUUUUCUUUUUUACUAGCGUUUUAUUAAAAGCUAGAAGCCAGAACCUUCCAAACGUUGCGUGCUGAACACGCCAUUUAUAUAUGGGUUUACUUUGUUGAGCUUGACUGCUUUGAUAUUAUAACAAAUUCGUAAAAUAAGUGUUCAGUUUGAAAAAAAAAAUGCAAAAUCAAAUUUUUAUAAAAUUUUUGUAGAAUUUAUCAUUUCUAAAUUAAUGUAUUUUAAGGUUGGUAUUUUAGAUUUCAUAUUUUUUUAAUUAGGGUAAUUUGUCAUUUUUAACUAAUGUUAGUUAACACGUGGUAAAUAUUUAUUUAUAAAAGUAUAAAAAGAUAAGAACAAAAAUAGACUAAUAAUAAUAUGGUAUUAUGGUAAUUGAUUAAACUUUACAUUUUAAAAUGUUUUAUAGAAUAUAAGUUUCAAUUUAAUAAAAUUGUAGAAAACAAAAAAUGAAAAAAAAAAAGAAAAAAAAAAAUACUUCGCAAUCUAUCAGAGAAUUGAAAUAUCAAAAGAUGGAAACAAACACACAAUAUUUCCCACACAAAAAUGGGAAUUAGUCUCGAGUGUAUGUUCCUACUAAUCUGUGUCAAAUAAAAAAAUAAGAUUAAAAAAGUUUAAUGGAUUUUUAUUGUAUCUUUAUUUUAUUUUAUAAAUAAAAAGAAACUUAUUUUUACAUAAAAGCUAAUUCCAUACCUGUCUGGAGACUUCUAGAUACACUCUUCUUACUUGCAGUCUCUCGAAAAACACAGAUCCUUCUCUUCCUGUUGGAAGACUCCAGAGAUCCUUUUCCCAUCGCCUAUAUAAACCCAACAUUCCUGAUUCAACACAGAACUCGACAAUCAAAUAAAGGUUGUAGCAUAUCAAACAUACUUCAAUUCACUAUCUGUUAUUCGAUUCAAUCAACAAAGCCUACUUCUAGAAAGUUAAAACCACAAAAAAUGCCGAUGUCGAAAAUGCAUACGACCACAUUAUUUGCUUUGACAGCAUUAAUGGCUUUGAUUACGAUAAGCUUACCUACACAAACGGAGGCUCUAAUCCCCUACAACAGACCUCUUUGGGACAUGAUGAUCCCCGCCGAAGACCCAUUCAAGAUUCUGGAACAUAACCCACUUCAUCUUCCGAAAAACCUUGAAACGAUCAACCUGGCACGAGCCGACUGGAAGGAGACAUCCGGACAUCACGAGAUAUCCUUGGAUGUACCAGGGUUGAAGAGGGAGGACAUAAAGAUCGAGGUGGAAGAGAGCAGAGUCUUGAAGGUGAGCGGAGAGAGGAAGGCUGAGGAGGAAGUCGACGGUGAUAAGUGGCAUAGGGCGGAAAGGACGAGUGGUAAGUUCUGGAGGCAGUUCCGGUUGCCGGGGAAUGUGGACAUGGAGAAGAUAAUGGCACAUCUUGAAGACGGUGUGUUGAAGAUCAAGGUGCCGAAGUUGGCUCACGAGAAGAAACAAUCUAGGGUUAUUGAUAUCAUGGGCCAGGAGAGCUCUGGUGGGGACAUUAAGGCAACAAAGACUGCUGCGUGAAUUUUAUCAUGCAUUCAAGAUUCUGGUUUGGCUUUCAUGUUGUAUUGAAGGACGACGUUGGUAAACUGGUAACAGAUAAUGCAUUGUUAAUACAGUAAUAAACUAGCAAGAUCAUGCAUUGUUAAUAAUAAACUAGCAGGGUAUCCCGGGCUUCGCCCGGGUCGGUGUGUGUGUUUUUUUACGUGUGUCAUUCUGAAAUGUGUCAAUGUUUCACAUGAUUCACUCCUUCAAAUUCUUUUUAUUAUAGCAUUGUAUUUGGGAAAACAUACAAAGAUAAAUAACAAAUAGAUUUGGGAAAA